AUGAACGAUUUAUUCCAGAAUAACUGCACAAACAUAAAUAAUCUCUCCAAUUCAUCCAUUUUAUGGAAGCCUGUAGUCAACUGGACUAUUUCAUGUUUCCUCAUCAUUGUUACGUGCACUAUAUUCAUUGGAAAUCUUUUGAUAAUUAUUGCAUUUGCAACGACAAGUCGUUUAAGACGCGUGACAGAUCAUUACAUUGUUUCACUCGCUAUGGCUGAUUUACUUGUAUCAGUUCUAGUACUUCCUUUGGCUAUUGUUCGUCAGAAUUUGGGUUACUGGCCGUUUGAAUCACAUGAAUUAUGCCAAUUCUGGUUGUCGGCCAAUAUAGUGUUGUGUAUGGCAUCAAUACUCAACCUAUGCUGCAUAUCUUUGGACAGAUUCAUCGCAAUCAGUCGACCUAUCCAAUACAUUAGAAUACGUAAUCAUCGAACGGCUUCCGCGAUGAUAGCUGUUGCUUGGACGCUACCGAUGAUAACAAUGUUACCACCACUGAUCGGAGGAAACCAACACGCUUUAGGAAAAGGUUCAUGUCAUUUGACGAACAACAAAGGAUACAGAAUUUAUUCGUCCAUAGCUGCAUUUUAUGGUCCAUUCCUACUGAUCGCCUAUAUGUACUUACGAGUAUUCUACGUGAUAAAACAUCGUUCGAAAAGUUUUCAAUAUGUAAAUAUCAAAUUUUCACCGUCAGCAAUUCGUAAGUCAAAUGUUGCAACAAAACCAGAUCUUUGUGUAACCUUUUCAAGUCCAAACAGAAGAAAGUCUGUGAAAUUAAAAUCGCUGGACAAUCCUGUUGUUACCAUGAAAAUCAGCAAUCAUUCUUAUAUUCAUACAAAUCCUUUAGAUAAAAUUUUUCCUCAUCAUUUAAUAAAUAACAAAAAGAUCAACACAUGUUGCAGCAAUCACCAUUUAUUUCGCAAAACAUAUAAUAUUGAAUGUAAAACAGACUAUAAAAAAGUUUUAACAGACAGAAUUGACAGUAAGCUCUCUAUUAAAAGUCGAGAUGAAUUAGAAGUAAUAUCUCCUGAGCCAACAGACCCAAUCCUUAGUGUGAUGAGAACAUUUCAUAUUUCACCCGAACAUACUUCAAAAGAUGCCUGUUCAAACUGUUCAACAAACCCGGUGUUUCAAAUUGAAAGUAAACCAAACAUUCAACAUGUCGAUAGUUCGUACACCAUUAAGGUAACAGAAAAGACUGAACACAGCGAGCGGUCUUCAUUCUGUCCACCACACGUGUUCUCUAUCACAUCUUUUAAAUGUCAUCAUCAUGAAGAAUCCUACUGCUGUCGUUGUGAUUGUUGUCACCAGAAUCAGAAACACUUAGAAAUUGUAAAUCGUUCAGAGCCUUGUUUCAACGUGGGAUGCAACAAAAGACAACAAAGACGAUUGAAUAAUCUGCACAGUCGUAGACGUGAACAUUCAAUCUUUCACAGAGAACAAAAGACUGCAAGAAUUUUAGCCGCAGUCGUUGGUUGUUUUACAGUCUGCUGGUUUCCAUUUUUCACAGUACUCAUUA